GCAUCGGCGUGACGUCAAGACGCCGCGGUCCGGACGUCGAAACUUAAAGACAGAAGCCAGCCAGGUCGAGGGCAGUCGCGGAGCCCUGUUGCCGUCGCCCGGAACCGCCGCUGACGAGUCCCGGGGUCGUACGGCUGAGACAGUGAAAAAGCAUUCUGGCUCCCGAGGUCCACCCCUUACACCCCAGGGUGCAGAUGGCGGCCAACGUGGGUGAUCAGCGCAGCACAGAUUGGUCCUCUCAGUACAGCAUGGUGGCCGGGGCAGGCAGAGAGAACGGCAUGGAGACUCCCAUGCACGAGAACCCAGAGUGGGAGAAGGCCCGCCAGGCCCUGGCCAGCAUCAGCAAAGCGGGAGCCGCCGGCAGCUCUGCCAAGGCCAGCAGCAAUGGGCCUGUGGCCAGUGCACAGUACGUGUCGCAGGCAGAGGCCUCGGCCCUGCAGCAGCAGCAGUACUACCAGUGGUACCAGCAGUACAGCUACGCCUACCCCUACGGCUACUACUACCCGGUGCAGAGCGUGUACCAGAGCUACGGCUCCCCCUCCCAGUACAGCAUGGCCAGCUCCUAUGGCUCAGCCGCGCCGCAGCACCAAGGGCCUCUGAGCCAGCGCCCGCUUCCCCCACAGCCCCCUGUCCCUGGCAUGGACGAAGGCAUGCCCUACCAGGCGCCCCCUCAGCAGCUGCCUGCGGCCCAGCCCCCCCAGCCUGCCAACCCCCCACACGGUGCCCAUCCUCUGAGCAGCGGCCCCCAGCCUGGGACAGCCCCCGCCACCCAGCACAGCCAGGCGGGACCCGCGUCGGGUCAGGCCUAUGGGCAGCACACCUACAGUGAGCCCGCCAAGCCCAAGAAGGGCCAGCAGCUGUGGAAUCGCAUGAAACCAGCCCCUGGGACUGGGGGACUCAAGUUCAACAUCCAGAAACGGCCCUUUCCCGUCACAAACCAGAACUUCAGCUCCACCACGGAGGGCCAGCACAGCGGCUUCGGCCCCCAGCCCAACCCCGAGAAAGCCCAGAACCACAGGGGGAACCUGUCUGGGAAGCCGGACGACUGGCCGCAGGACAUGAAGGAGUACGUGGAGCGCUGCUUCACGGCCUGCGAGUCAGAGGAGGACAAGGACCGCACGGAGAAGCUGCUCAAGGAGGUGCUGCAGGCGCGGCUACAGGAUGGCUCGGCCUACACCAUCGACUGGAGCCGCGAGCCCCUGCCCGGGCUGACUCGGGAGCCUGUGGCCGAGAGCCCAAAGAAGAAGCGGUGGGAGGCACCCAGCACCCUCCAUCCUCCCAGGGGGGCAGCCUCCGCGACCAGGGGUGGGGGUGCCCAGUCCCAGCGAGGGACGCCGGGGGCUGGAGGUGCCGGCCGAGCCCGAGGCAGCAGCUUCGCCAAGUUCGGCAACCGCAACGUCUUCAUGAAGGACCACAGCUCCUCCUCCAGCACCGACUCCCGCUCCCGCUCCUCCUCCCGCUCCCCCACCCGCCACUUCCGCCGCAGCGACUCGCACUCGGAUUCCGAGAGUUCCUGCUCAGGCAACGAGUGUCACCCUGUGGGCCGCAGGAACCCACCCCCGAAGGGCCGGGGAGGCCGGGGGGCCCACAUGGACCGGGGCCGGGGCCGGGCACAGCGGGGCAAGAGGCACGACCUGGCGCCCACCAAGCGCAGCCGCAAGAAGCUGGCAGCCCUGGAGUGCGAGGAGCCGGAGCGCGAGCUGAAGAAACAGAAGCGGGCGGCGCGCUUCCAGCACGGACACUCGCGCCGCCUGCGCCUGGAGCCCCUGGUGCUGCAGGUGGGGAGCCUGGAGGGUGGCGCGGCCGACCCCGACUGGCAGGAGCUGCAGAUCGUGGGCACCUGCCUGGACGUCACCAAGCACUACCUGCGCCUCACCUGUGCUCCCGACCCGUCCACCGUGCGCCCAGUGCCGGUUCUGAAGAAGUCGCUGUGCAUGGUCAAGUCCCACUGGAAGGAGAAGCAGGACUACGCCUUUGCCUGCGAACAGAUGAAGUCUAUCCGGCAGGACCUCACGGUGCAGGGUGUGCGCACCGAGUUCACGGUGGAGGUGUACGAGACCCACGCGCGCAUCGCUCUGGAGAAGGGGGACCACGAAGAGUUCAACCAGUGCCAGACGCAGCUCAAGUCGCUGUACGCCGAGAACCUGCCGGGCAACGUGGGCGAGUUCACCGCCUACCGGAUCCUCUAUUACAUCUUCACUAAGAACUCGGGAGACAUCACCACGGAGCUGGCAUACCUGACCCGGGAGCUGAAGGCGGACCCUUGCGUGGCCCACGCGCUGGCGCUCAGGGCCGCCUGGGCUCUGGGCAACUACCACCGCUUCUUCCGGCUCUACGCUCACGCGCCCUGCAUGUCUGGCUACCUCGUGGACAAGUUUGCAGACCGGGAGCGCAAGGCUGCGCUCAAGGCAAUGAUCAAAACGUAUGUAAAGCUGAGCUCCGCCCCGGCCCUCCGCCCCUCCGCCCCGCCCCGGCCUCAGGCCCCGCCCAGGCCGCGGCCACCGUGUCUCCUCCCCCACCUGUGCGCUCCGCCCUCGUCUGGACCCGCCCCCUCUGCACAGCCGUCCGCUGCCCUCCUGCCGCUCUCUGCUCUAGGCAGCCUGCACCCCCCGCAUCGACCCCCUUGUCCAGGCCCCCUUCCUCCGAGGCCUCCCACCUCCCCGGCCCUCAUGAGGCUGAGCGCCCCCGUGGGGCAGCCUUCAGAGCCGUCUCCGCCCUCGGCGCCUGUGGGCUCAGGGACUGGGCCUCGCGCCCUCGUGAGGGCUCAGAUGAGUGUAGGGCCGGGUGUCAACGGGAAAGCGAGGCCUGACGGCCCCCAAAGAGGGUGCUCUCUGCCCUGAGUGACGGUGUGCUCGCAUCUGUCAGGAGGGAGGCGCCCCAGGUGGGCUCAGGACACCCCUUCUUUUGUCACAGCCGGGGUCGCCCGGCUUCUAGGGCUGGAGGCCGGCGAUGCGCUGAGCGUCCCGCGGUGCCCAGAUCACCCCCGGCAGGGCCAUCUCCUGAGGUGACAGGCUGCCAAGCCCUGCUUAGAGGUCCCGGGGCCUUGGGAGUCACGGGGCGCGGUCUGGGUGGGGACGGACACCCACUGGAGGUUAGGAGGCUCCUUGUGGGCUGCAGUGUGGGUCAAGAGCGUUGACGGGUGAGGUAGAGGGUGGGACCACGGAAAGACAGGCAGUGGGGCGGACUCUGCGGAGGGGGCAGGGCGUGGCUGCUGCCCGCCCAGAGCACCGAGGGGCCUGUGUCUGAAGGGGCCUGCGUCUUUGGCAGAGACCGUCCCCCGUCCCAGGGCCAGUCCCGCAGACGGCCAGGCAGGAGGGGUCCCAUGUGCCCCACCAGUGCGCCCUCAGUGGCCGUGCCCUGGAGCCGUGCUCCUAGGUGCGUUCAACUGGGAGGGCCCGCUGCUGAGAGGGCGCACGCACAGGGCUGCUGGCCCGCACAGGCCCAGCCUCCUCUGACCCGGGUGAGGCAAGCAGGAAGGGUGGUCCCCAGAUAGGGUCAGCAAUCACCCCCCGCCCUCCCCCCGGCCGCGGUGGACCCUCUUGUGAGGGUCUGCGCAGGCCCCCAGCCAGCAGAGGAGCCAGCUGGCCCUUCCCUCCCACCCCCUCCUCCUGUCCCCCGCUCAGGUAAGUGAGGGCGAGGGGGGGCGCAGCCGGGGCUGGGGUCCCGACCCCACCCCGGGCCCCCCCGAGCCGCUGAGGUGGGGAUGCUGCGGGUGGGAGCGGGGCUGGCAGGUAACGCGCUGAGGAAGCCUCUCGGGCGCCCGAACGGGGGCGCGCCGUCCCUGCCCGUGGGGCCCUCCCACGUCCACCGCCGCCUCAUCACCUUCUCCUCUUGUCUCCGUAGCUUCCGCCCAGCGCUGCCCGUCUCCUACCUGCAGGCCGAGCUGGCCUUCGAGGGCGAGGCCGCCUGCCGGGCCUUCCUGGAGCCCCUGGGCCUGGCCUACACGGGCCCGGACAACUCCAGCAUCGACUGCCGCCUCAGCUUGGCGCAGCUGCCGGCCUUCUGAGCACCAGCGCCGCGGGGGCGGGGGGCCGGGCUGCAGAUCUUGUCUUUGAGCCAUGGACUUGGGGUGUAAAUUAAUUCGUGGGGAGAGGGCUCCAGGAAGAGCCCUCGUCCCUGCCCCCGUUUUCCCACCGGGGAGUCUGUACAGAGAUUUUUCUAUGUUUUUAUUUUUGGCCUCAGAGGGUCGGGCUGGGGAAGGAGGGGAAGGGCAGCGGAGGGCCGGGGGCAUGGUCUGUAGGCUGUCUGUCCGUCUGGCCCUCCACUAAUGCUGUCUCAGUGUUUUUUCUCUCUCUCUCUCGAGCUCGUACUCCGGUACCAACCCAGCACCCUGGCCCGUCCCAUGCCGGGGGGCAGGGCAAGAAGACAGGCCGCUCCGCCCGCGCCCGCCCAAGGCGGGGGCACGCCCGCCGCCCGCCGCCCGCUCGCCGCUCCACAGACUCUUGUUGCCAGCCCUCCGGGGCCUCAGUUUUUUUGGGCGAGGGGAGCCGCGUAGAGACUGUGCCCUGCCCUCGGCCCCCGAGCCCAGAAGCCGCCGCCGCCGCCGCCACCCGCCACGCCGCCGCCACACUGAGGACCCCGGAGGCCGCCGCGGGACCUCGCCGGCCGGGCCGCCUCGUCUGCAGUUGUAUUGAGUUGUCUCCGUGUCCCCCUCCCCCGUGUCUCCCCUGCCCCGUCCUCCCCCUCCUCGCACUCUUCCCUCGGUUCAGCACAGGUAAAGCGGUUACCCUCCCUCCCCGCCUCAUGGAUCACCAGCUCACGUCAUGUUUCCUUCUCUUUUCUUUUUGUGUGUGUUUAUUUAAGUUAUUUUUCUUCCUCCCCUUUUCUUUUCCGUCUCCCUCCCUCUUCUGCCAUGUAACUGGAGGGCGCGAUGAGUUGCGAACAGCUGGACUGUCAGGCUGCUUCUCUUGCAGAUGUCCUCCUCUGCCUCCCUCUCCCCCUCCCCCCCUUUCCUUCCUUCAUUCUUUCCUUGGAGCGCUGAGCACCACUUGGAAGCUUGAGAGAAACCAAAAUUAAAGAGAGAGAGAGAGAA